AUGUAUAGGCUAAUAAUAUAUCACUCUUAUUUUCAGACGCAGGAAAUGGGGAUACCUGCCUCAGUAGAACUUUGUGUCAAAGCACUUCAACUUCCAAAGCAAGAUGACUCAGAAACCAGGAUCUCUGUCUGUAAGAGCGUGUCCUGCCUUCUUCCAGGAGACCUUGAAGUGUUGCGUGCCUGCCUUCUCACAGAAUUCAUUCUUUGCCCAAGCCCGGAGGUCUUUGGGUCCUUGAAGGAGCUUUACUUGCGACCCGACCAAAAAAAUGACCAGGAAAGCGAGGUAAUUCCCAACUCACUACGCUGCGAGUUGCUUUUAACUCUGAAGGCAUACUGGCCGUUUGACCCUGAAUUCUGGGACUGGAAAACUCUGAAAUAUCACUGCAUCUCCCUUCUGGGGUUGAGGCCGGAGUCAGAGGGGGAAGAGGAGGAGGCAACAGACAAUCGAGAGAAAAUCACACAACCUGAGCCUCAGGGAGUCGCAGUGAAAGUGGAAUCUGAGCAUCAAAAGAUGAUUAAUGGAAGCGUUGAUGGUGAUAAUGAGCAGAAGGAUGACAAGCAGGUUUCUAACUCACCAGAAAUCGAAGGAGAAUCUGAGUCAAAGAAACACAAGUUCUGUUGUAAGAUUUGUAAGAGGUCGGUCAGUGACAACCAAAUCAUUCACCACUCCAAGAGGCACGGAGAGGGCAACAAACACCCCUGCCCCUUGUGCUUGGAAAAGUUUAAGAGCAGAAAGUUUCUUGUUCCUCACCUAAAACAACACGUGCAGAGUAAAACUAAUCUCAACGUAAAGAAAGAAGAUAAGCAGAAACGGGUGGAUGAAGAGGAUGAUAUUAUUGAACCAGGGGAGAUCACUGUUGACCCUUCCCUAAUGCAGUACUACAAAUCCACACAUGACCCAGAGGUGCUGCAACACAUCGUGCAACAAGCCAAAACGGUGAAAGAGAAGAAUUUAGAUGAGGAAGAGUAUGUAACGUUUCAAUACAUUGAACAACACUUCAACCUGCAGAAUCGGGACGAGUAUCCAUGUCCAGGAACCGGCUGCACUCGGAUUUUUAAACAUUCCAAGUACUUGUAUGUUCAUUUAAAGUCAGAGCACAGAGGUGAUGACAAUGUAAAACAUUUUCAGCAGAUGAGAGACAAGCGUGAGAAGUGUGUUUUUUGCCGACGCCAUUUAUCCUCCGCACACCAUCACCGCAAACAUCGAAGAGUCCACUAUGGAGAUCGGCCUUACAUGUGUGUGGUUAUGGAUUGUGGUGCUAAAUUUAAGACUUCCAUCGAGCUUGUCGCGCACAAACAGACCCACGGCUUCCACCUCAACUACCAGUGUGAGCUCAAAGGCUGCUACGUCAUCUGCUCCGACUUGGGACAAAUCUACCACCAUGAAGCACAGCAUUUCAGAGAUGCAGCCUUUACAUGCCCAAGCGCUGACUGUAGUAAAUACUAUCUAUCCAAAAAAGAAUUCAUAAACCAUUUAUCCACACACAACAUCACCUUCUCUGAAAAAGACUUUGAGGCCCAGAGGAAGGCGAGGCGAAAACUUCUCAAGACGCUUACUACUGAAGUGUCAAACCGCCUUAAUAAGCCAAGUGAUGCAGCAGAGACUGAAAAUGGAGAUGUCCUAAACUCUUCCUCAACAAGUUGUGCCUCCUCUUUGCAAUCACCUGAUGGUAAGGAGCCCAAAACAACAAUGACCCUGGUGGCUGUGUGUUUUGAUGGAAGUAAGUUUACUUGUGGUUUUGAGAAAUGUGGCAUGACUUUCUCCAGAGCCAGAGAUGUCCAGAGGCAUCUUAAGUGUGCCCACCCAGAACACCUCAAACUGGAGAACAAAGAACACAAACAUGACAAAGACCGGGGCUCAAAGUCCAAAGGGAUGAAGACUGAAACGGAGCCCGACUGUGAGGAAGAGGGAAAAGGGGAGCUCUUAACUCCAUUUCAACCCAUGAAGGCAGACGAAGAAAGAAAAGAUGCUACUGAACCCCAAAUCAACGAAACAAACUCUCCAAGCUUUCAAACUAAAACGGAUGAUCUGAGUGAAGUCCUUAUUGGGCUCAGUAAACUGAACCUGAAUUCAUUAUCUCCUCAGAUUGUGCCAAUUGAGCUCCCUGAGUCCAACCUAGAGUCAAAAGAAUCCAACACAACUCUCCAUCAGUCCAUCAUGGCAAAGGCUCCUGUUGUGCUGCUUCGGAAGAGGGCCCUACAAGUGCCAGAUGAAGAGGUAGAAGUCAAAACUGAAAAAGUAUCAGAUGAUGAUAAAGAAGUUGAGGAUAAAGAAGUUGAGGAUAAAGAAGUUGAGGAUAAAAAAGUUGAGAAUAAAGAAGUUGAGGAUAAAGAAGUUGAGGAUAAAGAAGUUGAUGAUGCCGAAGUUGACGCUGAAGUUGACGCCGAAGGUGAUGCCGAAGUUGACGCCGAAGUUGACGCCGAAGGUGACGCCGAAGGUGACGCCGAAGUUGACGCCGAAGGUGACGCCGAAUCAUUGGCCUCUGCUAAGCCCUACGUCUGUGAGAUGAAAGGUUGUGACUUCAGGACCGCUCGGAGUUACAGCUUACAGCGACACUAUAACAACUUACAUGGCCGCUCUGUCGAACAGGCAAGAAGGUUGACUUCUCUGAAAACAACAUCGUUUAAACCUUACAUCUGUCAGCUUUGCUCCCAAAGUCACAGAGAAAAACGCGGGUUGAGGUUCCACUAUAUUCACAUGCACAACCUGAAUCCCACUAUGCUCAACAAAAUAAGCUACAUGCAGCACGAGGGGAAAAAAAAGACUUCAAUGCGUGCAUCUCUCAACCUGAAGAAGCAUGGUCUUAACGUAAGGAAAAAAGAGAUCUCCAAGCUGCAACGCCAACCAGAGAAAAAAAACUCAACGGUGGUCAGGGAAAAUAAAGUAAACAUUGGCAAUCACUCACCAUCUGAAGAGGGAGGAGAGGGUAAAGAGGAAGACAAAGCACAGAAGGGAGAAAGAGGGGACAGGACAACACAACAGGUCAGGACUACAAGACGAUUGGUAACCAAAGGUAAUCUCUGCUAUAUGCUGGAUAAAUUCAGUAAACCCUUUCAUUGUGUAGCAAAACAUUGUGAUGCUGCUUUUUCCACCCAGGGGGGCCUCGUGCGCCACUUACAGUUGAUACAUCAUUACAAUCGCUCUCAACUCCUUUUGGAAAAAGAUUUUGAGACGCAUCACAGACCAGAAGCCAGAAAAGAGCCCACCAAGAAAAGGCCUCAUCCAAACUUAGAUGAACCUCAGCCCCAAUACAAGUGUAACUUUCCCAACUGUCAUUCUUCCUACCACCUUAAAAGCAGCCUAGUGCGUCACACUCGGGAUUCUCACUCACUACCUUCAGAGCCGAUAAGGUGCAAGUUUGAAGGCUGCACAAAAGUGUUCAGCCAUGAUGAUGCACUUAAAAAACAUGCGCUUUAUAGUCACUGUGAGUACUACGAUUCACUGGUGGUACGUCUGCAGAGCACUCACAAAAAGUCAAUUACUGGAUGCCAAAAAAAGCUAAUUGUUGCACCACAGAGUCCUCAGAAAGAAGAAUCUGGAUCAACCGCCGCACAGGCUGAGGGAUCCAGUUCAGAGCCUGAUGGGACCACCCAGUCACAGGAGACGGGUGAGGAAGCUGUCGAUGACAUGAAAAACAGAGAAAAAAGGCAACCGAGGUAUUGUUUCAGCCGUUAUGUCUUCAGAUCUCAAGAAGAAGCGUUACAGAUGUGCCAAGACCGUGGUUUGCUCAAGGCCUACCCAUGCAUGAUGCAGGACUGUGAUUCUGUCGUCACGUACUUGAAUAGCUUACACCGUCACUACACGAGGACUCACAGCAUGCGUCGGGAGGAUAUCCGUAAACAUAGAGAUAAGCUGGUUAAUAAUGCUGAGCAGCUGGAGGAACUGAUUCAGAGGAAGUCAGCCAGGACAACUGUUACGGGAGCAUGUUCCCCUAAUGGGGUUCGCAAAAUGGAGUAUCAGGCAGAGCCAGAAAGCACAGUGGGGCAGCCUGCGGCCAUGAGCUUACACUCCAUCAAGGCAGCCACACAGGAGGAGGAUAAUGACAACACAACAGGAUUCCCAGAGGAGGAAGAAGAGGAGGAGCCGCCAGCUGUUGAGAGAAAUGGUGUCCUUGUUGAUGCAGAUGAGGUUCUUUACGGUGAGCCGAGCACCGGAGGUCACACUGAAGGCUCUGCUGCUGCAGCAGCAGCACAGAACAGCCAGAAGCAGGAAGAGAGAUUAAGCUUGGAUCAAAUCAAACCUCUUCUUCGUUCCCUCACUGUUGAUCUCUCGCCACCCUGCUCACUGUGCAUAACUGCUGUGGAGGGCCUUCAAGACUCGUCAGGCAGCAAGGAUGGGGGUAAACUGGUGAACGGGGCAGCUCCGUUGCCCACCCCUCCUGUUCGCCAGCCACUAAAACGAAAAAAUGAAUUGUCUGAACCACCCUUAAACUUGAAAGACACUCAACCUUGUAGCCCUUCUCCUCUCCCAUUUGACAUCACAGCUUAUAAGCCUAUAGGCUUUGAGUCUUCCUUCCUGAGGUUCAUACAAGAUACAACGCCGAAAGACAAAAACUUGCAGGCAGCGAAACGGCGAGAGUCUUUCAGACGUGGUUGUUCAGUAAAAGAGAACAACCAGCUGAGAAUCUCUCGCAACCGUAGACGCACUCAUUCCCCACUGCUGAAGCCCCAUUCUAUGACUCAAGACUUUACAUCUGUCCAAAACUUGAAGUCCAUCUUGGACAAAGCCUUGGCGGGGUGUGGGGACCUGGCUAUUAAGCAGCUCCAGUAUCUGAGACCUGUGGUGGUGCUGGAGAGGCCGGUGUGCAGCACAACCCUGCCGGACAUCUUCCCAUCAGACACCAACAAUUGCGAACUGCUGCUUGGAAGUUAGUUCAACUUAGCACCUUUUAACAUAGCUAUGGAAAAUGAUUUUGUACUUUCACAAGUUGAUCAGUAUUUAGUUUUUCUCUCAAUUAUAGUAUUAUGUUUCUGCUGUUUGUUUUUUUAUUUGCCAAACUGAAGAAUCAUAUACAAAUUAGCAUUGCAAUGAAAAACAAGUGUAAAUAGUUCAUAUUCUUUUUAGACAUGAAAGCAUUCAGAUGGCACCUAAUAAGUUAACUCGUUAUCACAAAUGUAUAUACUGUGUUCCUCCAGGAUAAAUGUACAGAUGUUCAGAUUGUUAGAAAUGGUCAGUAGUGUAUUGCAAUACCUUCUCAGUUGUGUGAACUUGUGACUGAAAGAAAGCAAUUCUUUACUACAAAGAUUUCGAGGAAUAUGUUUGGUUAUUUUCACCUCAGUUUAUAAUAAAUAAGUGUUGGGAUGCAGUGUACAGAUGUUGGCAGCCAUGUAUGUAUGUAUGUAUGUAUGUAUGUAUGUAUCACAUUUUUAAAUAAAUAAAUGUGGAAACAAAUAUAAAGCCUUUAACUUUCA